AUGGGGUUGCAUGAUCUAAUAGAGUACAGCCGUGAGCGAAAUGACUUGGAGAUGUGGGCGAAAGCCAACAACCAUGAUCAAUCUGACACCCCGGGAACUCCCUUUGGAAUGCAUUAUAUACCCACACCUCCAGGAAGUUUGAGAGGGCGUAAAGCCCACCUCGACUCUGCAGCCGAAGGCAGGGGUAGCCAGUCGGUACCUUCAUUCAAAAAUGAGCGGUCGGGCGAGCAAAAGACGUUCACCAAAUCUUUCCCAAGCCUUCAUGCCAGCCAAGAAGAAUUAGCUCUACCAAAUCAAGAACAUCUCCGAUCUCGAGAAGGCUUUAAAGGCAGCAGUAGCGGUGAGAACCUCCAGAAUCUUGUGGCUGACUGGGCUCAGUACAUGGGAUCAGACCGUAAUGAUUAUCGUGCGGCAUCCUCGACAUCGCUAGCCAGGGAAGAUGCGGGCAUUACGGUUUCCAAAACACGACAACCAACAAGCUCUCACGGUACACAUUCCGAGAGUCGAGUACCACAUCUUGGUGAUCUUGACCUUUCGCACAGACUUGCGGGGACAAGCAUGGGAUCCGGGCCGCCAUCGGCUAAUCCAUCCAUGUCGGAACUUCCACGCCCAAAUAGGUAUGGGCUACAAAUGGCAUCGCAAGAGAAUGUUCAAUAUCAUGAGAGAUCUGUAAGAUCGACAAUCGGGGGUUCCGAGCCCCAGAAUCAAGCUACUUCCCAUCAACGAGAUGCGUCUUCUUUCUAUUCGCGCCAAAGCAGUAAUCCUUCACGGGGAGCGUCUGCUGUUCAAUCGCUGAGAGUUCAUGCUGCGAAUGCAAUGGAUAGCCUGCCCAACAUCCAUGCACAAAUGGCAGCUGAGACUGGGGCCGUCCAAAAUGAACUGGAACCAGUUGCCGAGGUUCUGAAAAGCAAGUUUGUUGAGCAACUUGAUGCGGCAAAUUGGGAAUCGCCCCAGGUUCAUGGAAUUUUCAACGGCCCCAACGGUGCUGGACCACACCGCAGAGUCAGUCCCGGUUGGAUGACUGGGGGCCGGCGAAUGGGCUAUGGAUAUAGCUUGGUGGACAAUGCUGAGGCUCACCCACCAGCAGUUGGAGGGAGCGGCAGACCACUCCCGAACGGGAAUUGGCACAGAGACACUUCAGGGCCUAGGUCUGAUAACCGACAGUCUCCUACGAACAAAAGUCCUACCAACGCCAUAGGGGAACCUGUUUUGACACCAACAAUGUGGGCCAAAAUGAGGAGUCAUUCAGUUCGAGAUAACCGUCACGCACCGCUGGCAGUGGAUUUGGCAGGGGCGGGGAUGGCUGCAGGUGAAGCCCACCGUGCAAGUUCAGGUGGCGCGCAACACAUGGGGUCGCCAAUUUCUAUGAAAUCGCCUACUUCUGCAAAGUCGCCAACGUCUGCAAAGACACCGACCUCUGCCAAGAGCUUUUAUAUCGAAGACGUCGACGAAACUUUCUUGAGUCGAUGGGCGAAAGUCAGCCGGUCCACACGUAAACAGCCACAACCAGAAAUGCACCGCGAUUCAACCCAUGGGCAUAUUGUCUGUACUCCAGAUACUUCACCACUUGGUGAACGCCGCUUCUCGGUGGAUCAGACCAACCAUCAGCCCUCUGUGUACUUCGAUCCAUCCAGUGGCAGGAGUGCAGACAAACAAAACGGAGAUCCCUCGCGCUCUCGUAGUGGGCGGUGGAUACCGAAGUUUUCCAGAAAUAGGGAAAGCAAGAAACGCUCAAACCUCCCUCCAAAAGAACCAUCCGAGGAAUCGCCAGUACCGUACCAAGAGUGUGCGUCGAGUGACCCGGGACGAGCAAACUCUACCAGAAGCGAUAUGGCAGAGGAGCUCGCGAGUUCGUAUCAGGAGUGCAUUGGGAUGCCCGGAGCCUUUUAUGGAAGCCGGUGGGCGAGCCGAACAAGCCUGGUGGUGGAGGCAGAGUGA